AUGGAAAUGGAAAGCCCUCGACCCCAGGAGCAGACUCCUACCAAGUCGCCCUAUGAGAACGUCCGCACCAACGGCCGAGCCUUCAACUCCGCCAACUGGCGCACCAAGGUCGACAGCCCCUCAGCCUCCCCCUCUCGGCCAUCCCCCUCCCGCCCCAGCAAUGCCAGCCCCAGCACCACCAACACCUCUCGCGCAGCCUUCAGCCGGCCCGGCUCCCAUGUCCCGCAAGCGAUCUCAGAUGGCCGCCGGCUGUAUGUAGGCAACAUGCCGUACACGGCCAAGACGGAGGAUGUGGAGGCGCUGUUCAUUGCGGCCGAGUUCCCUAUCGAGCGCAUUGAUAUUGCCAUUGACCCGUUCACCGGCCGAAACCCCUCCUACUGCUUUGUCGAUCUGCAGAACAAGGAACAUGCCGAGCGUGCCAUGACCGAGCUGGAUGGUCGGGAUAUGAUGGGUCGUCCUGUCAAGAUCAAGCCCGGCGUCGCGAAGUCGGCAGAGCGCAUCGCCAAUCCCUCCGAGCCCUUUAAAGUUGAUCGCUGGCGCCAGCAAGAUAAACUCAGCUUUGCCAAGGUGAACAGUGACUCCAGUCGACGAGUCUAUGUUGGUGGCCUACCACGCUUGACCGAGCAUGAGGCUGUGCAGGGCAAUCUGAAGACGUUUUUCACAGGAUUCACCGUUGAGAAUGUGAGCAAGGUCUUCGCCCCUCACCCCGCAAAGCGAUUUGAGCCCGGCGAGCACUACUAUCUGUUUGUUGAUGUGGGCAGCCCCGAAGAAGCCGAGAGGGCGAUGAAGGAACUGAAUGGCCGACCAGGACCGUGGGGUGGUCCUCUGCGUGUGCAGUUUGCCCGUGGACCCAAGCCGACAUCUGACGAGAAUGCCGAGCGUGAUGAGCAAUGA